AAACCAACUAUGUGCCCAUGCAAAUGUUUUUCAACCCAGUGCAAACUCUGCCUACUGACGCGUUUGUCUUGUAUACUAUAUCGUCAUAUCGCUACAAAUAUACAUUGGUUCCACGCAAUCCCUGUUAGCCGCAUACAUAAGUGAAGUCAGAAUCAAGGAAACCUGGCAACACCGAAUUCUCUGUCUAUUAAUAAAUAUAUCUGUGCAGAACAACAAAAACAUCACAUAAUUCUACAACGCAUUUCUUUGAAAUGUUUUUAAGACGUAGGUCUUUGGCAUUUUGUUUUGUUGUUUUACUUUUGAGUGGAAAUACGAAGGGUUCAGAAACUACGGAUAAAUUGGUCUUCGGCCAUAUAAAAGACUUAUUGCCAACCUGGGAUGAAGCUGGAAAUGCUGGGGCGGCCGUAGCUGCAGGUGUGAGAGCUAUGAAGGAUUCUGUGAUGGAUUCACUGCCGACAUUGGAAGAUACUAUUAAGGCGGGUGCGAGUGUAGCCUCUGGUGUCAAAGCCAUGAAGGAUUCAGUGACAGUGUCAUUGCCGACUUUGGAGGACGCUGCUAAGACUGGGGCGGCCGUAGCUGACAGUGUCGUAGCAAUUAAGGAAUCUGUGAUGGAUUCAUUGCCAACAUUGGCAGACGCUAUUAAGGCGGGAGCGAGUGUAGCCUCUGGUGUCAAAGCCAUGAAGGAUUCAGUGACAGUGUCGUUGCCCACUUUGGAGGACGCUGCUAAUACUGGGGCGGCCGUAGCUGCAGGUUUCAGAGCUAUGAAGGAUUCAUUGCCGACAUGGGAGGACACUGUUAAGAUAGGAGAAACGGUAGCUGAAAAUGUCGGAGCAAUAAAGGAUUCCCUAUCAACAUUGAACAACACAUCUAAGACGGGCGUUGCUGUCGCCGUCGGUAUUGGGGCGGUGGUGGUAGCGCCGGUAGCUCUGUCGGCAGUCGGAUUUACAACCGCAGGAGUAGCCGCUGGAUCUAUAGCUGCUGCUAUUCAGAGCCCAGCAGUCGCAUCCGGAAGUUGGUUUGCCCUGGCUCAGAGCGCAGGUGCGGUAGGACUGGGAUUCGGGACUAAGACCGCCAUUUUCGGAGCUGUCACUUCGGCAACUCGUUACGCAACCUCGUUCUGGGAUGCAGAAGGAAAUCAAAGAUGCGAGAUUCGUCAAAUGCCGAAGCCAUGAAACCAACGAAAAUCGUUCGGAAAAUAUCAACUGGAGUCACAUGUGCAUACGAAAGUGAACUCUGAAAAUUCACUUCUAUGCGAUAUCCUUAGAAAGUCUUAUCUUGAUUAUUGUUAAAGGAAACAUUAACAGAUACGUUUUGUAUUGAUUUUGUUUUAUAUUGGUAAGACACUAGAAUAUUGGUCACUUUGCUAUAUAUUUUCGAUAAUUCGAUGCAAAUGCUUGCUAACACUGUUUACACCAACUUCGUCGUGAGUUAUAAUGUCUCAAAAUGUUUACGGACUGUUCACUUUAGUCAUUAAUAAUUUAAUACGGCCUAUGAUUGUUUCAUCUUACGAUGUGUACACAUAGGCGGCUUAGGGAGGGGGCAGAAACGACGUACGCUCCCCCCCCCCCCCCCCACCACCACCACCACAAACAUUCAACAAGGGUAAACGUUAUUGAUUUUUUUCAGUAGUAACUAGAAAUGGCGCGGCAGAGGCCGACGCGUAUCCCCACGCCGAAUGUUUGACCUAGAUGUGCCCCAGGGUUGGUAAUGGGGCCAUGCAUAGCUGAGAUUGACCGUAUUGUCAUAAGAGAAGUUCAUCAUCAAUUAGAAGUGAAUUGGUGUAGAAAUGAAGAAGUUAUAGUAAAAGGCAAUUUUGGGUGGGUGUGACAUAUGUGGGCAGGGCGCCCCAGGGUUGGUAAUUGUGCCAUGCAUAGUUGAGAUUGACCGUAUUGUCAUAAGAGAAGUUCAGUAUCAAUUUGAAGUGAAUCGGUGUAGAAAUGAAGAAAUUAUAGUAAAAGGCAAUUUUGGGCGGGUGUGGUCUAUGUGGGCGGGGCCCCAGGGUUGGUAAUGGGGCCAUGCAUAGUUGAGAUUGACCGUAUUGUCAUAAGAGAGGUUCAGUAUCAAUUUGAAGUGAAUCGGUGUAGAAAUGAAGAAAUUAUAGUAAAAGGCAAUUUUGGGUGGGUGUGGUCUAUGUGGGCGGGGCGCCCCAGGGUUGGUAAUGGGGCCAUGCAUAGUUGAGAUUGACUGUAUUGUCAUAAGAGAAGUUCAAUAUCAAUUUGAAGUGAAUCGGUGUAGAAAUGAAGAAAUUAUAGUAAAGGCAAUUUUGGGUGGGUGUGGUCUAUGUGGGCGGGGCCCCAGGGUUGGUUAUGGGGCCAUGCAUAGUUGAGAUUGACCCUAAUGUCAUAAGAGAAGUUCAGUAUCAAUUUGAAGUGAAUCCGUGUAGAAAUGAAAAAAUUAUAGUAAAUGGAAUUUUUUGGUGGGUGUGGCCUAUGUGGGCGGGCGCCCCAGGGUUAGGAUUGGGGCCAUGCAUAGUUGAGAUUGACCCUAAUGUCAUAACAAAAGUUCAGUAUCAAUUUGAAGUGAAUCCGUGUAGAAAUGAAAAAAUUAUAGUAAAUGGAAAUUUUUGGUGGGUGUGGCCUAUGUGGGCGGGGUGCCCCAGGGUUGGGAAUGGGGCCAUGCAUGGUUGAGAUUGACCGUAUUGUCAUAAGAGAGGUCCAGUAUCAAUUUGAAGUGAAUCGGUGUAGAAAUAAAGAAGUAAAUGUAAAAUAACCUAAAAAAAUGAGUGAUAAUUUCUGACGCGGCCCCACCCCAACCGCUAUAACUUUUGACCCAGGGGUCAGAUCAAAAUUCCAAAUAGUGCAGGGUCGCACAUAUGCUCAUAGCUACCAUGUGUAUAAGUUUCAAGGUUCUAGUGCUUUUAGUGUAGGAGGAGAUAGUGGCCAGGACGGACGGACAGACAGACAGACAGACAGACAGACAGACGGACGGCGGAGAUAACCACAAUAUCCCCACCUUUUUUUCAAAAAGCGUGGGGAUAAUUAAUUAGUUUUAAUACUCGUUUAUAUUUAUGUAAUUCGAAACGUUCGCUAAAUUGCUCUUUUGCGUUGCAACGCUUUAUAAUUUUCAGGGUUUUAAAUCGUCAAAAGAUGCAUACAAUGGAUAUUUUAUAGCAUGGCAAAUGUUCAGUAUUACUGUUUCCUCACAAAUAUCAUAACUUCAACGAAAAUUUGCGAAUCUGCACAGGUUUCCUUUUUUUACUGGCAUCCGUGUGCAGUUUUCAUUAAUGGAACAGAACUGUGUAGGUUUUAAAAAAUCUGCUUUAUCUUGUAAGCGUAAUGUCAUAUUUGUCUCAACUUCAAGGGGAGAUGAUUCUGAACUUAUUCUUACGUUGCUCAUUGACGAUAGGGGCUGAGUACUCAUUGAUAUGAAAACACUGUAAAAGUUUUAAUGUGUUUACGACCCCCCCCCCCCCCACCCUCUCACACAUAUAUUUCAUGGGCAUAAUAAAAACAAAAAAUGGUUACAAUAAAACAGCAUACAUUUUUGUAUUUAUUUAAACUAAAAUCAAAACAAAAAGUUAACAUAGAACACAAAUAAAAUAAUUAGAUUAUACUGGGGCUCGAACCGUGGGCCUCUCACAUAUGAAGCGAGCGUGUAACCACUACACUACGGAACCGCUUGAAAAAUCACCUUCUAACUAAGAUAUUAAUAAGCUAUUAAUAGUCGGUUUAAAUGUAAACCCGGAAGUUUAAACGCUAGAUAGUGAGCGGGGUUAAAGGUCCAUACCAAAGGGUCCAUAUCACUGGCAAGAUACGGGUCAGGCCUGCGGCCUUCUAUAUGUGGUUCUUAAAAAAAACUCUAGGAGGACUUGAUAGUAAUGAGACUGGGGUGCUGUGAUGGUGCUCCUCAUUGAUAAGCGGCUGCUUCCUUUAUCAAGACUCAUUAUUACAAUAAAUAAUACGUGUCGCGCUUCGCGCUCUAUAGCGCCUUUAUUAGUAACUAGGUUGUUGCUAGGAUAUUUGAACAAAGAAGUUUUGAUUUUAUACAAAACCAGAAAGUUUCACCGGUUCGCGUAUUUGCCCAGUCCCUGUGAUCUUUUAUUAUUGCCCAGUCCCUGUGAUCAGUUAUUAGUUAAAAGAAUUAGCUUUGCACUAUUGGCAAUAAAUGUUGUAGUAAAUGUAAUAGACACAAAUGCAGUACUUAUUUACACUAAUUUACACAAAAAAAUCACCACUAUGCAAAAUAUUUUUGACAACAAAAAUAUUUACAUUGAUCCGUAAAAUAACUUCUCCUCCUAUAAGCGAAAAAAAACGUAGUAAAUACUAGUCGCCGCACUUCAGUGCGACGCCGAUGAUAUUAUUAUUAUUAUUAUAUGAUAUGUGAAACUGUAGAUUUUCUUCAAUGAGAAUCAAACGUUGCCUUGUAAUCGUAUCAAACUAAAUUAAGUCAAUUAAGUAAAACUGACUUAGUUAAAAUUAUCACUGUACUCGUGUUAAUAAAAAAAAUGUUCUGCUA